AUGAAGAGAGCAAGACUCACUAUGCCACUCUCCGGUGACAGCGCCACCAUCAAACCAUCGCCGCCGCACCCGCUGCCACUGCUGCCUCCGACGCCGCCGCAAACCGCUCAAGUACUGCUCAAGAAACCGAGAAGAGCCAUCCUCAAGCGUCCUACUGCCCUAUUUUCUACAGCUGCGCCGGAUUCCUCAACCUGGGCCCCGCUUAACCUCAGCCAAUCGGAGCUCUCCCUCCCGCUCACAUUCCCCACCGGCCAGACCUUCCGCUGGAGGCAAACCGGCCAUCUUCAAUACACCGGCUCCGUCGGCCCCCACCUGAUCUCUCUCAAGCACCACGACGACGACAAUGGCGGCGUGUACUACCACGUUCAUCGAACGCCGUCGCAUUCCGACGCCGAAUCUGCGCUACUCGACUUCCUCAACGCCGAAGUCUCCCUCGCCGACCUCUGGCGCGAGUUCUCGGCCUCCGAUCCGAGGUUCGCUGAGCUUGCCCAGCAACUGAGGGGAGCUAGGGUUCUGAGGCAGGAUCCGUUGGAGUGUCUGAUUCAGUUCCUCUGCUCCUCGAACAAUAACAUCGGCCGCAUUACUAAAAUGGUGAAUUUCCUUUCCUCGCUGGGGGAAUGUUUGGGGACCGUUGGGGAUUUCGAGUUUCAUGAGUUCCCCACUCUGGAGCGGCUGGCUGGGGUUACGGAGCAGCAGCUUAGAGAAGCUGGUUUUGGUUAUAGGGCGAAGUAUAUUACUGGCACGGUGGAUGCUUUGCAGUCAAAACCUGGUGGAGGUUCAGAGUGGCUUGCUUCCAUGCGCAAAUUGAACCUCCCAGUUGUGAUUGAUGCUUUGAGUACUUUGCCCGGAGUUGGUCCCAAGGUGGCUGCCUGCAUUGCACUCUUCUCUCUUGAUCAGCACCAUGCUAUUCCCGUUGAUACCCAUGUGUGGCAGAUUGCUACAAGAUAUCUCCUACCCGAGCUUGCUGGCACUCGCCUUACACGCAAGCUCUGUGGCCGUGUUGCAGAUGCAUUUGUGAUGAAGUAUGGUAAAUAUGCUGGCUGGGCACAGACAUUACUUUUCAUUGCUGAACUACCUCCGCAGAAAGCUCUUGUCUCACUCAAUUCAAGGUCCUCUGAGGAGUCUGAAUCCUUGAAAGGGAAGGACAAGAAAGCAAAGAAAGGUGAGGCUGUUGUUGCACUGAAGUCUUAA